UUGUCAUUGCUCACAAACCCCUAGUUUGGGGCGCAGCAGUGAAAUCUGGGCGGUCUGUUUUUUUGUAGCAUGGGUGGAGCGCACAGCCAGGAAAUGUUGAGAAGAGGAGGCUGAGUGAGAGAAACUGUCCCCGAGUUGUUCGCAUGGAGGCUGCUGCUUUUACCGGAUGGACUUCAUCAACAUGAACUUCCACAAGAAGGGCGCGCAGGAUGUGAAAUACAGCUGUCUCGAUGUCUGCUUGGUGCCUGAUCGGGUGUGUUAAACUGCCAAUUCAAGAUGCAGGGAACCAUUGCACGUGUCUGCAUGGUGGUGGCCGCUGCCAUACUGAAUCACCCGUUACUCUUCCCCCAUGAAAACACCACGCUGCCUGAGCAAGAUGAGGAUCUGGUGGCACGAAUGCGGGAGCACGAAGAGAUGCUGGAGAUGGAGCAUGCCAGGCUGGAGAAAGAGCUUGCGCAGCUGGACUCCGAGCUGGAGGAGACCCCAUCGGAUCAAGGUUUCAGUUGGUACUUUUGGAGCGCCGUGUCUUUCGUCAUAUUCCUUGCCAUCGAGAUGUGCAGAGCAGAUAUUGCAGAAGAUGAAAUUCGUCCAGUUGAGGACGAAGAUGUAAUAUCCGAGACCGUAUCCAUCCCACCCAGGAUGAUGGAUAAGAAUGCCCUGAGGAACUUCUGCGAUAAAUGCACCUACACUUCGUCCCAUGAAAACUGGAAGGUGAGGGAGUUUGUGGAGGGUUUUGCCGACGACCUGCUAGAGUCGCUCCGGAGCAUGUGUGACAGGGAGGUGGACAUGGAGGUUGGUGAUUUCAUUGGCGUAGGAAGCAUGUUUGAGUCGUGGAAGGUGUGCCAGCCUCUGAUGUGUGACCUUUUAGUGCCUUUCACACCUCCUGAUCCUCACUCUUUCCUGUACCAUCUGUGGUGCAGCUCCUCUAGUGACAUUCCACCAGACAUGCAGUGUUCUGGCACCAUAAAGGUGACCAUGUUUGGGGAGGAUGAAGAGGCCUGCCUAUGUGGUUCUGCCAACCUUGGGGAGGAUGUGCUUUGUCUGUUGCAUAAUAAGAACAAGGUGGUCAAAGUGAACCGCAGCCCAGAUGAACUCCUGUGCUCCUCUGGUACACAUUUCUUAGCCAAAGAUCAAAUCAUGCGGUGGUUUCAGAUCGCUGUCACCAAAGCGUGGGCCGGAAUCUCCCACAAAUACGACUUUGAGGUCACUUUUCGGAGCCUGGAUGCUGCUGGUGCUCUGAAGAUCCGGUUCCGUUCUGGAAAAGUCAUCGUACUGAACCUCAUCCCCGUGGUCCAGCUGGAAGACACGGACGCUUAUUUUGUCUCGUACUUUCCGUCAGAUCACAACAGUUUCCCAGACCCAUACUGGCCUCUCUCCUUAGCUGUCUGCGAGAGAAAUUUGCUGAAGUAUUUAGCUAAGCGACUACCACAAAAUUCUUGCCACUUGCACUGCCUUCAGGUCGCUACCUUCCUUCACAGAAAGCAGUUGAGUCUGACAGGAGAAUCUGCCCUCACUAGCUACCACUUCAAGACCGCCAUGGUGCACUUGCUACUUAGCACCAGGACCUCUGCAUGGGGAGCAGCCAGUUUGGAGCGUAGGCUUCAGGAUGUGUUCACCUUCUUGCAGAAGAGCUUGCAGGAGAAGAGACUGUACCAUGCUCUAAUCGGGAACAGGAAAGUGCCUCAGGACAUUCGGGUUCCUGAGAGAUUCCGCAAAGCAGAACCCAUCAAUCUGUUCAGGUCAUUGGUGCUAAGAAGGAAGCUUUAUGCAGCGACCGUUAGGCACUUCCAAGAGAUGUUGAGAAAUGCGCCUGUUCUUUUAGAGGAGUAUACACCUUAUUUAUCCAAUGGAUGUUAACGCCACCGCCUGGAAGAGGGCUUGUAAGCAGAGACGCAGCUUAAUAUGGCUCACCAUCCAGGGCGACUGAGCCUGAGAGCUAGCACAGAAUAUCACCAAUAAAAUAGUUGGUGACUGAUUCUCCACUUUUUACCUACACUUAAGUCAAAAAAUUAUUCAUACCACUGGCAGAUUUCAGAUCGAAUCUCUUCAUUUCAUGACAAUGUUUAAUCUGACUGAAUGUAAAGGAUAAUAAUGAGACCUUCCAACCUCAAAGACCUGAGCUCAUCUCUAAAGAUAAAUACCAGUGGAAGCAUGCAAAAAGCUGGUCAGCCGUUAGGAUUUGAUUAUUGUAAUUCCAAUUAAGCCAUUUUUAUUAAGAAGGAUGUAAUUUUUUUUAUAAAACAAAAUGUUAUCAAAAUUGAUAUUCCCUGUUUGAGAAAUACCAGUCUCAUUUAUUGUAAAAAAUAAACUUAUUGGUGGAAUGAAAUAAUUAUAAAUUCAAAUUUGCCAGGUGGUAUGACUAAUUUUAGGCUUACCUGCAACACUUAAGUGUCUUAUGGUUACGGAUAGUUGUGAUGGGUUACAUGUUGGAUAAUAUAUGCAGUAUUUUGCAGAAAGAUCUUUUCAACAAAAGGGGUGCAGGCCACUCAGCUUCUUUAUUUAUAUGUGUAUGUAUUAACAUAAAAAUUGUAGUUACACCAAA